AUCAGGUACGGUUUUGAUCUCUACAACCAACUUGGUUCCUACAUUCGCUUCUAUCUACUUCACUUGGUUCCUACAUUCGCUUCUAUCUACUUCACUUCUUCGUAAUAUCCAUCUCGACAUCAAUACCUAUCACCAACAUCUCUGCUAGCAGGCUUAGCACAUCAACCACCAUGUACACCAAAUCUAUCCUCAUCACUGCCCUCGCCGGUCUUGCUACGGCCAGUCCUAUCAAGGUUCGUCAGUUCGGCGGUAUCGGCGGUACCGGAAGCAGUUCGAGCGAGUUCAGUCAAGGCGGAUGCAGAGACAUUCUCUUCGCCUUUGCUCGUGGCUCUACCGAGAUCGGCAACAUGGGAACUGUCGUUGGUCCUCCUACCUCAGACGGCCUAAAGAAAGAGUUUGGCGCGGAUGCUAUCGCCACUGAGGGUGUCCCCUACGCCGCCUCAGUAGGCACAAACGCCAUACCUGGUGGCACCGACUCGCGCUCCAAGAAGCUCUACCAGGACACACUCAACUCCAUGGCACAAAAGUGCCCUGACUCAGUCAUUGUAUCCGCUGGCUACAGCCAAGGCGCCGCCGUCAACCACCGCGCCAUUGAGGAGCUCGACCAGACCGUCCAGGACCAAAUCGCCGGUGUCGUUCUAUACGGAGACACCCAGAAGGCUCAGGACAGGGACCAGAUCCCCAACUUCCCCAAGGACAAGGUCAAGAUCAUCUGCCAGCCUGGCGACGCCGUCUGCGUGGGUACUCUGUUGGUUCUGCCUGCCCAUUUGACCUACGGUCUCCGCGCCAGUGAGGGUGUCGACUUCCUGGUAUCCCAGAUCAAGUCUACACAGGCGAAGAUCAAGGCUCGCAACGCGAAGCGCGAGGCCGAGAAGGCGGCUGAAGCUGUGGCAGAGUCCGUCAAACGUGUUGCUACGAUGAUUGUGGCUUAAGUUUGUCACAGAUUGAUGAUUGUUGUGGAUGAUUGAAUUGUACAUAUGGAUUUCGGUUCUCGUCUUGAUGGAUAGUUGUAUAUCUUUUUCUUUUUCUUUCCUCGACUUAUUAUCUCUUUAGAUCUUACGAAUAAACUAUUUGGGCCCAA